AUGAUUGCUUUCAUUAGUGCCUUUGGUCUUGGUGCAAAUGAUGUUGCAAAUUCCUUUGGCACUAGUGUUGGUUCUAAAGUCUUGAGCCUCAGAGCUGCUUGUAUCUUGGCAACUAUCUGUGAAAUCUCCGGUUCUGUUCUUCUUGGUGGUGAGGUUUCUGCUACUGUCAGGGGUGGAAUAAUCGAUCCAACCAGAUUUAACACAACCGAAAAUGGCCCUUUGAAGCUAAUGCAAGGACAGGUUUCAUCCCUUGUUGGUUCAACCCUGUGGAUGAUGACUGCUACUUUCUUCAAAAUGCCCGUCUCUGCCACCCAUAGUAUUGUCGGUGCAACCGCUGGUUUUGGUCUUGUGCUAUUUGGACUCGAAGGUAUUAAUUGGAUAGGAAUUCUAAGAAUAGUUGCUUCCUGGUUCAUUUCUCCUGUGUUGAGCGGUCUUGUCUCAUGCUGCCUAUACCUCGUUAUCAAAUACACUGUUCUAAAUAAGUCAGAACCACUUGAACCUGCUUUGUAUACUCUUCCGUUUCUCUACGGAAUUACCAUUGCCGUAAAUCUGUUUUCCAUUCUCUAUGGUGGUCUCGAAAUUCUAAAUAUACCUAAGAUCGAACUUUGGAUUGUUCUUAUUGCUUCAUUUGGAUCGGGAAUUGUCACAGCCCUUAUUGUCUUCUUCUUUGUUCGUCCUCUUAUACGUAAAAAGGUUCAAAAACGCCUUGAAAUUAUUGCCAGUGGAGACCUGAGUGCUCUUGAGAAGAAGUCGAAGUUAUCUCUUCUCAAAGAGUUCCGCACUAGGGUUAUCGCGUUUUUCUGCCGUCGUCGUAACCACCCCAUCACUGUCGGGGAGUCUGAUGACGAAAAGACAGAGCACGCUGGUGAUGUGGCGAAUAUCGAUCUUGAAAUUCAGUCUUCCCCACCAACUGUGAUAAUUGAAGAUCAUAUGGCACCCGAAGACGCCAAAAUUACCGUCAGUUAUUUAUCUAAUAUCGAUCCUGAUUAUCAGGUCCGCGAAAGGCCUGAGGAGACACAAGUGUUUGCUUUUGCUCAGAUUCUCACAGCCACUUUUGGUUCAUUUGUUCAUGGUGGAAAUGAUGUGAGCAAUGCUAUCGGUCCAGUUAUAGGCUUGUGGAUUGUGGCGACAACUGGAAAUGUUCUGAUGGCAGCAACUCCUGCUGCUUGGAUCCUUUUCUAUGGUGGUGUUGGUAUCUCUGUAGGCCUUUGGACUUGGGGACGAAAGGUCAUGGAGACCAUAGGAACAGAUUUGACAGAAAUUACAACGACUACUGGUGUAUGUAUUGAGUUGGGGGCAGCAUUGACAGUGUUGAUAGCCAGUAAAGUUGGUCUUCCAAUCUCGACAACACACUGCCUGGUCGGUUCAGUGAUUUUUGUUGGUUUCUUGAGGAAAAAGAAGAGUGUAAAUUGGAAACUCUUUAUGGGGAUUGCAUUUGCCUGGAUUAUUACCCUUCCUGUAUCAUGCGGUCUCUCAGCCCUUACCAUGUACAUAUUUACCACGUCAUAUUGA